AUGACUCUCAGCUCUUCGCUCCUCUACCCUCCCUCCUUCCCCACGGGUCUUUGUGUGGGCAUGGCGGUGAGUGCAGAGGUGUUGGGCGUGUGGAGGGGGUGGCUGUGCGCCUUCUCGCUGCUCUUCCUCGCCGUUGAGCUGCUGCCGCCCGCCAUCUGCACCAACCGGAGUCUGCAGGUGGCGGGGGCGACGGCGUGGGUGGGGGGGGUGGCGCUGGUGGCGCUGUUCCCCCUGGCGUGGCCCGUGGGACUGCUGCUCGACUGCCUUGUCAACCGCUCCGCCCUCUCCCCUGCUGGCGAUGACGGGCCCGUGCCCUACCCUCCCUCCGCCUACAACCCACCAAAUCCCUACCAACCACCCCCCCAGCCCGCCUAUCCGCACGCUCAAGACUCCGCCUUCCCCGCAACUUCCCCGCUCGCCGCCUUCUUCGAUCCGCGCGAGCCUCCGCCAGCCGCCGUGCCCCCUCCGGCGAGCGAGGAGCUGCGCGGGCGCGUGGAGAAGGCCGUCGAGUACGCCGCGAAGAACGGGCCGCAGUUCGAGGCGCUCAUGCGCGACAAGCAGCGCGGACAACCCGCGUACGCCUUCCUCGAGGCGGGCGGGGAGGGCGCGGACUACUAUCGCUUCCGCCUCUGGUGCGCGCUCUCUGGCGCGGGGGGCGCGGGGGGGCCAGAGGCGGCAGCUUGGACCGAGGUGAAGGGGGCAGCUGAUGGGCAGGCGGAGCAGGCCGCGGGGAAGCAGGGGGAGGCCGACGGGGAACGGGGCAGCGCGGAAGGGAAGGUAGAGGGGGAGCAGGAUGGGGAAAAACAAGCAGCAGAGGGCGCGCCGGGCGCGCAGCAGGCGCAGACCGGCUCUGAGGCCUCUCCCGCGGUCCCUCUCCCCGCCGAAUCCACCCCUCCCCUUCCCCCGGAGCCCCAGCAGCCCCCCACGGCCCCACCCUCCGCGGACCCGGCGGACGUGGCGCUGCAGGCUGCGGUGGCGGCGGCGGGGCUGCCGGCGGACGUGGGCGGCGAGGCGGUGGCGCUGCUGGCGGGGCUGAGCGGCACCAAGGAGGCCAUCAAGGGCGGGAAGGCGUGGGUGGCGUGGCGCGCGGGCAUGGGGUGGGCGCCGCACAUCGCAUGGGUGCUGAGGGAGCGCAUGGCAACGCUGGCAGGGCAGCCGGAGAGGCAGCUGCAUGUGAUCUACCUCGUCAACGACGUGCUCUUCAACAGUCUACAGCAGAGGCCACACCCGGGAGCGGUGGAUGCGGUGGCGGCAGCACUGCAGCCGUGUUUGGGCUUCAUGCUGGCAGCGCUGUUCCACGGGGGCGGGGACGCGCAGAGCAGCAACCAGGAACGGCUGGGGAAGAUCCUGGCGUUCUGGGCCAGCAAGGAGGUGUAUCCGGGGGAGGCCAUGGCGCACCUGGGCGCGCUCAUGCGCCUGCCGCCCCACCAGCACCCCCCCAUGCCGCCGCCGCCCCCUGUGCCUGCUAUGGACUACCACGCUGCAGUGGCAUACCCAUCUGCCGCACAGCCAUAUCCCCAUGGCGCACCCAUGCAGCCCCACGCCGCUCCGCCACCCACAUGGCCCCCUCUCCCACCACACAUGCCGCCCAUGCCUCACGAUGCAGCCGCCCCUGCCUCUGCACCCCCCCCUUCCUCAGAGGCGCCGCCUGCAGCCCCCGCUCCUCCUCCUGCUGAGAAGCCACCGUACCCGCUGUUCCCGCCGGGGCUGAUCCCGGGCAUGGUGCGCAAGAAGCAGGUGGGGUCAGGCGUGCCGUACGCGCCCAUGGCGCCGCACGACAUCCCCUCCAGCAUCCCGCCGCCCCACGAGUCCGAGGAGUACCUGCGGCGCCGCAUCGCCCGGUUCUUCAAGGCCAUUGGUGAGAAGGACCCCAUGGCCGAUGGGGAGGACGAGGAGGAGGAGGACGCGGAGGAGGCGGAUGGGGGCCGGGGGAUUCUUGGGGCGGGCAUUGGGAAGAGAGGGCACGGGCACGGAGGGCAUGGGGUGGGUGGCGGGGGGAAAAGAGGCCCAGGGGCGAAGCCAUGCGCCGUGUCACCGCCACCAGCGAUUGGCAUGGAGGGCGGCGGGCUUGGCCUGGGUAUGGGUGGGGCAGGGCUUGGACUGGGCAUGGGGGGAGGCGGGUUAGGAGUGGGCAUGGAGGUGGACCCGGAGACGGGCAUGUUGCCGGACGGCAGUGUGGUGCAGAAGCCUGGCAUGGGCGGGGCGAGGCUGGGACUGGGUGCCGUGGAAGCCGAUGCUCCGUCGCAGUAUGACGACGUGUAUUCGAGCUUCCGCCGCAUGCUCAGCUCGUCCUACCACACCUCCAUUAUAGAAAGAGCGGCAAUGGCGGCGGCGGCGAGCAAUCCGUCGAGCACAGUGACGAACAUCUCCGAGUUCCAGUGCCUGGCGCGGGAGAAGCUGCCCAAGCAGGCGUACGACUACUACGCGUCGGGCGCCGAGGACCAAUGGACCCUCGCCGAGAACCGCAACGCCUUCGAGCGCAUCAGGUUCCGACCGCGGAUUCUGAUCGACGUGUCGAGCGUGGACACGACGACGAGCGUGCUGGGCCACCGCAUCUCCAUGCCCAUCAUGCUCGCGCCCACCGCCUUCCAGCGCAUGGCGCACCCCGAAGGCGAGCUCGCCACGGCCCGCGCGGCAGCUAAAUUCGACACGGCCAUGGUGCUGUCGUCGUGGGCGACGAGCAGCGUGGAGGAGGUGGCAUCGGUGGGUCCGGGUCUGCGCUUCUUCCAGCUCUACGUGUACAAAGACCGGCAGGUGGUGGAGCAGCUGGUGCGGCGCGCGGAGCGGGCGGGGUUCAAGGCCAUCGCGCUCACCGUCGACACGCCGCGCCUCGGCCGCCGCGAGGCCGACAUAAAAAACAGGUUCGUGCUGCCGCCCCACCUCACUCUGAAGAACUUCGAAGGACUGAACCUUGGGAGCAUGGAUAAGUCACAGGAGUCGGGGCUGUCAUCAUAUGUGGCGGGUCAGAUCGACCGCUCGCUCAGCUGGAAGGACAUCGCAUGGCUCAAGUCCAUCACAUCGCUGCCCAUUCUCGUCAAGGGCGUCAUCACAGCAGAGGAUGCGGAGAUAUCGAUAGAGUACGGGGCGGCGGGCAUCAUAGUGUCCAACCACGGCGCACGCCAGCUCGACUAUGUCUCCGCCACCAUCUGCGCGCUCGAGGAGGUGGUGAAGGCAGCGCGUGGCCGGGUGCCGGUGUUUCUCGACGGUGGGGUGCGGCGUGGCACGGAUGCGCUCAAGGCACUUGCCCUCGGCGCCGCGGGUGUUUUUGUGGGGCGGCCGGUGCCAUUCGCCCUGGCGGUGGAUGGGCAGGCGGGGGUGGAGAAGCUGCUGGGCAUCCUCAAGGACGAGUUUGAGCUCGCCAUGGCGCUCGCCGGCUGCACCAGGGCGCACGGCGGGCUGUGCGACGACGGGCCCGCCCUCGAUACCGCCAUCCGCAGGCACGCCAUGCCCGCCCCUCGUGCUGCCCGCCCCUCGUGCUGCCCGCCCCUCGUGCUGCCCGCCCCUCCUGCUGCGCCGGCCCCUUCCCCUUUCGGCAAACUCGUGUGCCCUCCGUUGAAUGUGCGUCGCCUCAUCCUCUGCGCGCCACAUCCCCUCCAUGUGCGCCCCUCCCCCCAUGUGCGCCCCUCCCCCCACGGGAGCAGGUACGAGCGGUGCUGGCUGCAGCUGGCUGGGCGGCUGAGUGACGACGAAAUGUGCCGCCUGCUGCCGCCCAUCGACGUGGAAUGGGUGUGGCUGUGCCACCGCCUCAACCCCGAGGCGUACAGCAGGGAGUGCGAGGCCAUGGUGGGUCGAGUGGUGGAGCAAGCACCCUACGACCCGUGCGUGCCUCGUGGGGCGCACGCCUCACAGCGCGGGCGGGGAGGUGGCCAUGACGACAACGGCGGUGCGGUGGAGAGCAAGCAGUGCGGGCGAGAGGGUGCGGAGAGAGGGGAGGCGCAAGGUGGGAGUGAAGGGGCAGAAGGGGAGAGCCAUGGGGAGGGCUGUGGGUGUUGCAAUGAGGGCGGAGGAGCAAGUUGUAGCCUAGGCGGUGUGGAGGUGCAGAGAGGCGAGAGGCUGCGCUGUGCGCCAGGCGAGCAUGCAGGCGCGUUAACGGGGGCCCUGAGAGGCACUGGGGCGGCAGUGCUGUCAAGCGUGCCGGGCGCGGUGGCGGUGCUGGCAGCUGCAGGGGCGGAGGGCGGAGUGGCGGCAGAGGGUGCAGGAGAGGGGCGGUACGUGCAGUAUGACCUGAGGGCCGCUGUGCUGCGGCAGAGGGGGCUCUUCCUCCAGGUGAGGGGCGCUCACUCGUGCUGCGAGAGGUGGUGCCAUGUGUGCGCGCGCCUACGCCACGGACUGCCGCCACCUGGUGGGGCGCCUCAUCGCCCACGCCACCUCCCUCUCGCCCAACCCCGCCCUCCCUGCCUCCGCCCUCGCCUGCUCGCCCUGCGCCCUGGCGGGCCCGUCCUCGCCGGUGGCACGGCGUGUGGAGGCGGCGCAGAGGGCGACGGCGCUGCUGUGGGAGCGCACGUUCGCCGUGCCCUUUGCGCGUGCAGGGGCCAUGCCACUGCUGUGGGAGGGCGUGCCCCCGCUCAUGCAAGCUCCCUGCCACCGAGUAUGCGCAUGGGCGGGGCAGCUGUGGGCCGCGAGCAGCAGGCAGCGGCAGUGGGGGCAGGCGGGCAGGAGGGCUCAGGGGCACGCACCCAGUGCCGUUCAGACAGCGCCGCAGGGGCAGAUGUGGAGAGCCAGCAGCGGCGGAAACACGUGGAGCAGCAGUUGAGGAGUAGUGAGGAAGCAGAUGCGGACAAGGAGAGAGUGGGAAGCUGGAGCACAGACGAGCAGGGGGCAAAGGUGCGGAGCAUGGCAGUGGCGGGGCGUGUGAGAGCGGGCGAGGCGAAUGCAGGGCUGGGGCUGUGGCAGCGCAGCACAGUGGACGUGGAGGUGACCGUGUGGACCGUGAGAGGGCUGCUGCUGCCCGCCCCUGACUGCCUCUCCGUCUGCCUCUCCGCCCUCCACGCUGCCCCUGCCUUCUCCGCCCGCACGCCCACGCUGCCCUUCCAUCCGGCAGCCCCCCCACCGCGCUGGCGGCACCGCUUCUCACUGCAGGCGGAGAUGGCCUCGGAGGGGCUGCGGCUGAGCCUGCACGCCCACUCGCCCUCGCUGCUCUCCUCGCUGCUGCCCUGGCUGCUCCCCCCCGCUCCCCGUGAGCUGGGCUCGGCGGUGCUCACGUGGCACCGCCUGCUGCAGCACCCCUCGCUGCUGUUCCACUGCGUGCUGCCCCUCGCCCCCCCAGGCUGCACCCCCGCUGCCUAUGCCGCUGCCACGGCCCCUCUCACUACGGCCAGCACAGCUGCCCCAGGGAGCAGUGGCUUGGCGGCGAGGGCAGCAGAAGAGGGGGAGAGGGUGGGUGGGGGUGGAGGCAGGGCGGAGGGCAGUGUGCGGUGUGUGGCGGGGCAGGCAGGGCUGCAGGUGGGCGUGUCGCUGACCCCUGCCACGGCAGCGCCAUUCCUGCUGCGCGCCGUGCUUGUGUGCGCCUCUGAUGACCGCGGGGCCAUGCUCUGCGCCGCCCUGGCUCAGCACCACCCUCAGAGUUUUUAUGUGCAUGAAUCCUAUGCGUUUGCAUGUGCGGCAUGCAUGUGUGUGGUUUCGCAUGCGAUUGUGCAUGCGUGCGCAUGGCUUGGAUAUGUGUGGAGAUCAGGCGGGGCAGUGGGUGUCACGCACAGUGCUGGACCACAGGGGCAUCGAGGCGUUUGUCAUGCGCACCAGGUGGGAGGCAAAGCAGAUAAGUGUACCUCCCCACUCAUCCAUGUCUCUUUGUCUUCCCCUGCCCUCCACCCCGCCCCUCUUCCUGACUUUGUCUGUUGCCCGGCACCACUUCUUCCCCACCCCUUGGAGCCGUGGAGCAGAGUGGCAGAGGGAGUGUGGGGGGACCACAAGCGCCCAAAGCCAGUUCAGCCGACGGAACGGACAAUCGUGCUGCAUCAGGUGAUUGCAUCAGGUGGGGUGGCAUCAUCAGUGCUGGCGCAGGCUGUGCCUCGAGGUGGGGGAGGGGGGCAGUGGGGACACGGUACCACGAAGAGGGAGCAGAGAGGGAUGGGUGCAGGGGGGGAGUUGGUGGUGCGCUAUGCGCUCAUGGGCUGCUUGCCUGGUGCAGCAAUGGCGGAGCUGGGAGUGCGGUGCAGAGUGGUGGAUGGGGCGCUGGUGCCAGGCUCACUGCAGCUGGACCUGCAGGAGGAGGGCGGCCAUCAGGUGGCGCUACUGCCGGGCCGGCACCUGUCUUACACUGUGUGCGGGGCGGCAGCAGCAGAGGAGCACGGCUUUGCCACGCUAGUGCGAUACACUGGGGGGGGCGGGCUGGCGCUUGCCACAGCGCUGGUGAACUGGAGGGGGUGCGUGGUGGAGGUGGCACGUGAGGAGUCGGUGCCUCUGGCGCUGCUGCUCUGUGCGGCCAUCGCUGAGGCAUUGCUCGACAUGCUCGCUGCGCCGCGCUGCAUGUGCUUCACACCCGCACCCCUGCCCAACCCCGACCCCGACACGCACUGGCAGGCCCUGUGCCUCACCCACUGCUCUCAUGCCCCCUCCUCCACUGCUGCUAGGCCCAGCAGCGGUGGCAGAAGCGAGGAGCGAGGGGAAGAGGAGUCAGAGUGGGCAAUGAGGGAGCAGGCAGAGAGGAGGUGGUGGGAGCAGCGACCCCUGGCAUGGAUGCCUGCUGCUGCCAGCUGUGGUGCCGGGGCUUGUGGGCCCAGCUUCACUCAUGGAUAG